CGGUGUAACGUCAAUUAAAAACCGCAAAAAGUGAACGGCUACAGAAGUUCUCAGCGUAAGCUAUCGUUUAAAACGGACAAAUUUCGAUAUUAAAAUCGCGUUUUGGGCUAAGUUUGUGAGGAUGGAAAACUUCGAUGACCUCUCCAAUGAUCAACUGCGUCGGAAGAUGCUCGAGUUUGGCAUGCCCAAUAUGCCCAUCACUGCAACGACCCGGAAGCUGGUGGUAAAGAAAUUGAAGAACUACGUCGAUAGUGCCAACAGUAAAACGCGCCGGGAUACGAUUCACGUCACCAAGUUUUCCUCCGACGAUGACACGGAUACCGCCGAAGAACCAAAAAAGGUCCAGAAGAAGGAAUCUAGUCGACGCGUCACCAUCGGCGGACCUGCAUCUAAGCUGUCGAAAACGCUCCCGGUGGUGCCAGAUUUACCGCCACCGAAACCGGCAGCGGCAAAAUCCGAUAAGCUCGAUCCAGCUAACAAGCGUAGGUCAGGUAGAAUUACUCCGGUUCUAAGCAAGGAUGAUGCUCCAAAAGUGACUGCCUCGAAGGAACCGGUGAUCAUUGAAGACUCUUCCGAAGAAGAUGAAGAGAUGCUCCCAUUAUCUCAAAUGAUGAACCGUCGUGAUCGUAAGUCGGCAAGUCCGUCUUUGUCGCGGGCGGAAAUGGUCACCACUUCGUACGUUCAUCAAGUGGAAAUGACCGCAAAACCGCCAAUCUUAGAAGAAAUGGAAAUAGACCUCACCGAGUCGACGGGUAGCGUUGUGGUUGAGCCAGAACCAGAACCGAUACCGGAACGCAGACCGCGCCCUCAGCUUACGCCUUCCCGUGAGUCGCACUAUACUACCAACAUCACAUCCACCAGCACAAGUAGUAAGAGGGCAACAAUAGGCAGUGGAUUUUCCGCAGCUACUACACCCAGUCGUCAAAGUGAGCUGUCUUCGUCGUUUGGACGGCCUUCGCUUGCCACAACGUACACUCCUCGGGAAGCAAGACGCGAAGAAGUUCAAAUUGAGCCAACAGAUUCUCCCUAUCUGAGUGAAUUCACCAAACGCCUCUCCCGGUUGAAGACGGAGAAUGCCCAACUGAAUGCGCUGCGGGAUCACCCGAUCCGGCGUACGAUUGCGCCCAGCUAUGCUUCGACCAGGGUAGCCGACGACAAUUACGUUUCCUCGCGUUUGGUAUCGACACGGGGUCAGCGGCCGGAAGGGCCCAACCGGAAGGAGGGUGAAAUUAGAACACACCUGCGGCAGGUCAUCCUCUCGUUGGAUCAAAAGUAUUCGAUCAAGAACAUGUUCUAUCUGCUGAUUGUCGCGAUGGUUGUCAUAUUUUUGUUUGUGUUAUUUUUCCUGUAAGCUUGGGUACGGUAAGUUGAGCUGGAUGACUCAGGCUUGGAUGGAAUACGAACCAGGUGUGAAUGUAGAAAGCUGUUUUUUAUUAAUUGCGUGUAUUGAUAUUGUUGUAUACUUCCUUGUAACUCU